GUUUUCCUGGUGAGCUUCAGAGUCCUAGGGAAGCAGCAAGAUUCUUGGUCCUGAGGUGUCUGCAGCGCUUCUCCUGGGCCGGGCUCAGCCUUGUGGGACCCCAGGGGCCUGGGUACAGGCCAGAGCAGGGAGCAGGAAGGAGUGAAGAAUGGGCCCCGAGUUCCUCACCAGCAGGCCCCCCCAGGAAUCAGUGACUUUUGAGGAUGUGGCUGUGGACUUCACCUGGGAGGAAUGGGGCUACUUGGACACUUCCCAGAAGGAGCUUUACUGGGAGGUGAUGCUGGAGAACUACAGGAACCUGGUCGGUCUUGGCCUUGCAGAUUCCAACGUGGAUGUGAUCUCUCAGCUGAAGUCAGGGGAAGCCCAUGGAAUUGCAAUGUAUAGUGUCCUAAGAAUCUCCUGGCCAGAUGGGGACACUAGGCCUCAAACCAAGGAGUCAACUCCAGAGUUGAGUAUUUCUACGGAGGACUUAUCCCUGCAAAGGUCCUUAUGGGGUGACCCAUACGUCUCCAAAACCGGGAAAGCCUGGGAGUAUUAUGGCAGGUUAAAGAAAGAGCAGAGCAAUGAGGAGAAAUAUUCUAGACAAGAAAAAGUAAUCCAAACAGAACCUGCCAAUGGAGUCAGAGGCUCUGAAUGCAGUAGAUACAGCCAAACCUCUAGCCCAGAGCUAGUCCUUUUUCCACAACAGGGAGUAUCCGUAGUACUGAAUCUCUGUAAAAGUGAUAACCAGAGAAAGAGCUUCACUGUGGAGUCAGACCAAAGACAAUGUAAUCAAUUUUAUUCACAGAUGUAUUCUACGCUUAACAAAUGUCAGGGAGCCUUUGGUUAUGAUUUGAACUGCUUUAGAAAACAUGGAAUUCAUGCUGAACAGCAACUUCAUGAAAGUGGGAAUUCUUUCCUCCUGCAUAAUGAAUUUGCUCUUUACCAGAGAGCUUAUACAGAAAAAAAGUGUUCUGAAUUGACUAAAUGUGGGAAGAAAUCCUGUGAGAAGGCAGGCUGUACUCAGCGCACUAAUAUGCAGAGUCACAACAAAUCCUACAAAUGCAGUGACUGUGGAAAGGUCUUCUGGCAGAAGGUAAAUCUUACACAACACUACAGAAUUCAUACUGGAGAAAGACCUUUCAAAUGCAGUUAUUGUGGAAAGGCCUUCCACCAAAAGACAAAUCUUAUGCAACAUUAUAGGAUUCAUACUGGAGAAAAACCUUUUAAAUGCAAUGAUUGUGGGAAAGCCUUUCCUCGGAGCACAACACUAACUCGACAUCAGAGAAUUCACACUGGAGAGAGACCCUAUGAAUGUAAUGAAUGUGGGAAGACAUUCUAUUUAAGCUCUAACCUUACUCAGCAUCAGAGUACUCAUACAGGAAUAAAACCUCAUCAAUGCAGUAUAUGUGGGAAAGCAUUCUCUCAUAAGUCUAAUCUUACCAGCCACAGUAGUAUUCAUACUGGAGAGAAACCAUAUGAAUGCACUGAAUGUGGGAAGAUCUUUCGCCAGAAGUCGGAUCUUCGACAACACUUCAGUAUUCAUACUGGAGAGAAACCAUUUAAAUGCAGUGAUUGUGGGAAAGGCUUUCCCCGGAAUGCAGCAUUGACUCGACAUCAGAGGAUUCACACUGGAGAGUGACCCUGUCAAUGCAAUGACAAUUCACAUCUUUCGUUCCAUAAGAGAAUGCAUGCCAGAGACAAAUUUUAGCAAUGUAACUAAUAUGGGAAUGCAUCACUCCAGAUUAGAGCGCUUAUUCAACAUUAUAGAACUCAUGAUGGAGAGAAACCUCAUUAAUUUAAUCACUGAAGCAAAACAGUCUGGUGGGCUGAUGUGUAUUGAAAUGUAAUAGGGAAAUAUUUUAAAAAAUAAAAUAACAAUAAAUCA